GGUACCACGUUGACUUCAGCCGUUUCACAACAUCACAGGAAGAGCAUUUGCAGAUCAGCUGUGCUUUCAGUUUUGAGGAUGUAACAUGAAAACAAUAGUUGUAGGAAGUCUUCUAUUAAACGCUCGGAAAUGGGAUAGAAUCGUCACUUCACUGACUUUGUUUCUUUUGCUUUGACGUCAUGGUGUCGCUGCCGUGCUCUGUCAGCUCUGUGUUUUCACAUGUCAACAUUGUAGCUUUUACCUUGUUCUUGUUGGUGUUUUACUUAGUGAGUUUUUAUCAGAAACGAGGGCACCAUUCAAACAUUCCGCCAGGUCCGAAGCCGUGGCCGGUAGUUGGAAAUUUCGGCGGCUUCCUCGUGCCGUCUUUCAUCCAGAGGAGGUUUGGACAUCAGACAUCCAGCACCGAAAAACGAAGCGCCGUAGGUGUUCUAACGGAACUGACCAAGCUGUAUGGUAAUGUCUACAGCCUGUUUGUUGGGAGUCAGCUGGUUGUUGUGCUCAAUGGCUAUGAGGUGAUCAGGGAUGCUUUCUCAAACCACCCCGAGGUGUUCUCCGACAGACCUGAUAUCCCUGCUAUCUCCAUCAUGACGAAACGCAAAGGAAUAGUCUUUGCACCUUAUGGGCCAGUGUGGAGGAAGCAGCGGAAAUUCUGUCACGCCACUCUCCGAAGCUUUGGCCUGGGGAAGUUGAGCUUGGAGCCUUGCAUACUGCAGGGCCUGGACACCAUCAAAACAGAGCUGCUGCGACUGAACAAGGAGUCUGGGGGUGCUGGUGUGGACCUGGCCCCGCUGAUCAGCCACGCCGUGUCAAACGUCAUCUGCUCUCUGAUCCUGGGUCAGCGCUUCCAUCACAAAGACCGCGAGUUUCGCAGCAUGCUGGACCUGAUGGAUCGAGGGCUGGAGAUCUGUGUGAACAGUCCAGCAGUCCUUAUUAAUGUCUUUCCUCUAUUUUACUAUUUACCGUUUGGGGUCUUCAAAGAGUUACGGCAGGUGGAAGGAGACAUUACAAUGUUUUUAAAGAGGUUUAUAGCAAGACACAGGGAAACAUUGGAUCCUGAAAACCCCAGGGAUCUGACAGACAUGUACUUGAUGGAGAUGCUGGCUCAGCAAGCUGCUGGAAAUGUGGACAGCAGCUUCACAGAAGAUUAUCUCUUUUAUAUAAUAGGAGAUCUCUUUAUUGCUGGCACUGACACUACAGCUAACUCAGUGUUGUGGGUUCUCCUCUACUUGAUCCUACACCCUGAUAUUCAAGACAAAGUCCAGGUGGAGAUAGAUGAGGUGGUGGGCACACACCGGGUACCGUCUUUGACUGAUAAGGGAGCUUUGCCUUUUACUGAGGCCACCAUCAUGGAGGUGCAGAGACUGACUGUGGUGGUUCCUCUUGGGAUUCCUCACAUGGCCUCAGAGACGACAGAGUUCAGAAGCUACACUAUUCCCAAAGGAACAGUUGUUCUCCCCAACCUGUGGUCUGUACACAGAGACCCCACUGUGUGGGAUGACCCAGACACUUUUAACCCUGCACGCUUCUUGGAUGAUGAGGGAAAUUUGAUGAGAAAGGAGUUCUUUAUACCCUUUGGGAUUGGUCGCAGAGUGUGCAUGGGUGAACAGCUAGCAAAGAUGGAGCUGUUUCUGACAGUGACCAGCUUACUGCAGACCUUCAAAUUCAAACUCCCAAGGGGAACGCCUGCUCCUUCUCUGAGUGGACGUUUCGGUCUGACACUGGCCCCCUGCUCGUUCACUGUGUGUGUAACUCCACGUAGAUGAAACGUGGAAUACUUGGCUGUCUGGGUGCUCAUGUGAAGAUUUUCCAAAGAGAAAAGGUGUUUGUAAGGUCUCCUGGAGAGAGAACUCCUUGUAAACAACAUGCAAAUGUUAUUAUGACUGAAUAUUAUAUUACAUUGUCAUUUAUUUUUGUGAUUAAUAUAGUAAGUCCAAGAAAUUUCAAAAACAUAAAAAGACUUUGAGAGAUAAAUACUAUUCUUACAACACUAUCCAAUAAAGGGUUUUAGGAUUGUAUUUCUAUUUAAGAAGCUGAAACCAGCAGACUGCAUUUUCUUAGUGACUGAAUAAUCAAGUAACAAUCAACAUCAUGUAUUAACCUUUGGUUGAUUAACUCUGUUUCUGAAAUGCAAGGUCAGUAUUAUUUGCCAGAAGGAUUUUGAAGACAUUCAUUAAAAUAUGUUAUCACUUCAUCACACAUUUCUGUUUUAAACAAGUACCUCUAUUUUUAAUAAAUAUCUGUAUAGUU